AAAAAUAGUGACACGCUGCCUAAAUUUCUGGUAACGACUUAAACCCUCCAUUGGGCCUUGAUUCUCAGUAGCGCCGCUCUAGAUCUUCAGCAGAAUGGCAUCGGAAAAACUCCUACCUGGAAAUUUGGACUAAAAAACAAAUCUAGUUUAGAUCUAGUGCCAACAAGGACUGUGGUGUGAAAUGUGUUUACACAUUUCUCUAUGGAUCACAAUUAAGUUGACGGAAGGGUCAUCGCACUGCAUUUCGGGAGCUGGAAGCCUCUCUCGAACUGCAAGUCCCGCCAUUAAGCUCCGAGAAGAACUACAAGUCCCAGCAAGCAGAGGAGGCGGGCACACGAGAUCUUUCCGGCGAAGGCGGCGUCCUAUGGUGGAGCGUUAAAGGGGAGAAGCAUGGAUGCUGCGUGCAAGUGGCGGAAUUUACCCGCCGGCCCCAGCCUCAAGCACCUCGCGGCGCCGGACUACGGGCUGCCUAAGGAGCGGCAGCGGCCGGCCCUGCAGGAUCUGUCGCGGGUGCACAUCGAGUCCUUCAACUAUGCCGUGGGCGAAGGGCUGCUCCGGGCCGUGCAGGCCAUUCCACCUUUGGAGUUUGCUUUUAAGAAUGAUCGGAUCACGUUGGCUAUCGUGGGGGCUGUCAUCAGUCCUCCUAUGGUACCAAAAGGGAGUAUAUGUAAAGAGCUAAAAGUUUACCCGGCAGAAUGCAGGGGACGCAGAAGCACCUACCGGGGAAAACUGAUUGCUGAUGUCAGCUGGGCAAUGAAUGGUAUCCCUAAAGGCAUUAUAAAACAGUCCCUCGGAAAUGCUCCAAUUAUGGUGAAGUCCAAACUUUGCAAUCUGCAUGGCCUCUCUCCCAAAGCACUCAUUCAACACCAUGAGGAGGAAGAGGAAAUGGGAGGUUAUUUCAUAAUUCAUGGUAUAGAAAAGGUGAUCCGAAUGGUGAUUAUGCCAAGGCGCAACUUUCCCCUUGCCAUGAUAAAACCAAAAUGGAAAUCCAGAGGCCCUGGUUACACAAAAUACGGUAUCUCAAUACACAGCGUUAGAGAUGAACACACAGCUGUUAACAUGACCCUUCACUACCUUGAAAAUGGCACGGUAAUGGUAAACUUCGUUCAUCAGAAAGAGCUGUUCUUCAUUCCACUGGGAUUUGUACUGAAGGCAUUAGUUAGUUUCCCAGAUUUCCAGAUUUUCCAGGAGUUGAUUAAAGGAAAAGAAGAAGAUAUGUUCUAUAAGAAUUGUGUGUCUCAAAUGCUGCGGCUGGUAGCCGAGGACGGCUGCAUGACGCAGAAACAGGCCCUCAUCUUCCUGGGGCAGCGCUUCAGGGUGAAACUCAACCUUCCUGACUGGUACACCAGUGAACAAGUUGGAGAGUUCCUUUUUGAGCAGUGCAUCUGCAUACACCUGAAGACCAAAGCUGAAAAGUUCUACCUGCUUUGCCUCAUGACGCGAAAACUAUUUAUUUUAGCUAAAGAAGGCUGCAUGGAAGAGAAUCCUGACAGCUUAAUGAAUCAAGAGGUGCUCACCUCAGGGCAACUUUACCUCAUGUUUUUAAAGGAGAAGAUGGAAACUUGGUUACAGUCUGUGAAAAUAGCCUUAGAUAAGAAAGCUCAGAAGUCAAGUAUAAAGAUUACUUCAGAAAACAUGAUGAAGAUCCUUGGCAUGGGAACAGACCUUACAAGGAUGCUUGAAUAUUUCCUUGCCACUGGUAACCUGCGCUCUAAAACAGGUCUGGGCAUGCUUCAAGGUUCCGGUCUCUGUGUGGUAGCAGACAAGCUGAACUUUAUUCGCUACCUCUCCCAUUUCCGCUGUGUGCACAGAGGGUCAGAUUUUCUCAAGAUGAGAACCACCACUGUACGCAAGCUAUUGCCGGAGUCCUGGGGCUUCCUUUGCCCUGUCCACACACCGGAUGGAGAACCUUGCGGUUUGAUGAAUCACAUGACAGCUCCAUGUGAAAUAGUUACACAGGCUUUGUACACAAUCUCCCUGCCGCCCUUGCUUUGCUGUUUGGGUGUCACUCCAGUUGAUGGCAUGCCAAGCCAACCCUACUCUGAAUGUUACCCAGUUAUGUUAGAUGGCUCCCUGGUGGGCUGGAUAGAGAAAGAUCUGGCUCCUGGCCUGGUGGAGACACUCAGGCGCUUUAAGGCAAUGCAAGAAAAGAAAAUUCCGGUUUGGACAGAGGUGGUCCUUAUCCCAAUGACGGGAAAGCCCAGCCUUUACCCAGGGCUCUUCAUUUUCACCACCCCUUGUAGGAUGAUGCGUCCUGUACAAAAUUUGGCCCUGGGAAAAGAAGAGUUGAUUGGCACGAUGGAACAGGUCUUCAUGAACAUUGCUGUGUCUGAGGAUGAAAUCAAACCAGGGCUGACCACUCACCAGGAGCUCUUCCCCCACAGCAUGUUAAGUGUGGUGGCAAGUUUCAUUCCCUUCUCUGAUCACAACCAAAGUCCCAGAAACAUGUACCAGUGUCAGAUGGGCAAACAAACUAUGGGUUUUCCACUUCUAACCUUCCAGUACCGGUGUGAUGAUAAACUCUACCGGCUUCAGACCCCUCAAAGCCCCCUGGUACGGCCAUCUAUGUAUGAUCAUUAUGACAUGGACUCCUACCCAACUGGCACAAAUGCAGUUGUUGCUGUGAUCUCCUAUAGUGGCUAUGACAUGGAAGAUGCAAUGAUCUUGAGCAAGUCUUCAUGGGAGAGAGGGUUUGGACAUGGAAGUAUCUACAAAACAGAGCGUAUUGACCUUGCGGAAAAAAUCAAGCAGGGAGAGGACAACCUGGUGUUCGGGAUUGGCCGCGAUAGUCUGAUGACAUUGCAGAAUCUAGACGCUGAUGGUCUGCCCCACAUCGGAGCCAGGCUUCAAUAUGGAGACCCCUAUUAUAGUUAUCUGAAUCUCAACACGGGGGAAAGCUUUGUAACCUACCACAAAAACAAGGAGAUCUGUGUUGUGGAUAACAUCAAAGUAUGCAGCAAUGACACUGGGACUGGAAGCUUCAAGUGUGUGUGCAUCACGCUGAGAGUCCCCCGGAAUCCAACAAUUGGGGACAAAUUUGCCAGCCGGCACGGUCAGAAAGGCAUCUUGAGCCGGCUAUGGCCAGCUGAGGACAUGCCAUUUACUGAAAGUGGAAUGGUGCCAGAUAUCCUCUUCAACCCUCAUGGUUUUCCAUCCCGAAUGACCAUUGGCAUGUUAAUUGAGAGCAUGGCGGGCAAAUCUGCAGCACUGCACGGGCUUUGUCACGACGCCACCCCCUUCACGUUCUCCGAGGAGAACUCUGCUGUGGAGUACUUUGGCGAGAUGCUAAAGGCAGCUGGCUACAACUACUAUGGGAUGGAGAGAAUGUACAGUGGUGUGUCGGGCGUAGAGCUUGAAGCGGACAUCUUCAUCGGCAUUGUGUACUACCAGCGCCUGAGGCACAUGGUCUCUGACAAGUUCCAGGUGAGGACUACAGGGGCCAGAGAUAAAGUGACCAACCAGCCCAUUGGAGGGCGGAAUGUUCAGGGUGGCAUCCGUUUUGGAGAGAUGGAGCGGGACGCUUUGCUGGCUCACGGGACGUCCUUCUUGCUGCACGAUCGCCUUUUCAACUGCUCCGAUCGUUCGGUGGCCCACGUGUGUGUUGAGUGUGGCAGCCUGCUUUCUCCUCUGUUGAAGCCUCCUCCUGAGUGGUCCACCACAUGCAUCAGGCAACACGUUUGCACUCUUUGUGGCCGGAGCGACACUAUUGAAACUAUCGCUGUCCCUUACGUGUUCCGAUGCUUUGUGGCAGAACUGGCUGCCAUUAACAUAAAAGUGAAGCUUGAUGUGAAUUAGUUCUGGCAAUAUGGACUGUCCUUAAUGCAGGGAGAGAACAGCAAAUACAUUUUUCUUUUGGAACUAUUUUUUUAAAAGCUGCUAACUCGUCAUGAACUGUAACAUUAGUCUGACAUAUAUUGAAAAGCUUGAAUGGAAUGGGGUAACCCAGAAUGACGAAAAAGCGUAAGUAAAAAGUCACAGUUUUAU